AUGAGAAUCCCCUUCACGGCUCCGUUUGCAGCUCCGACGAUCCUGCCAGCCUCUGCCGCGACCGUCGCCGGUGCCAUUGACGCCCUCGCGGGCUUCCUCGCCGCGCCCUCGCCGCCGCUGCUCAGAGGCAUCGACCUCGGCCGCAACGAGCAGACCGUCCUCCUGACCGGCGCAGGCAUCUCGGUCGCCUCGGGCCUCUCAGACUACCGCGGCGAGAAGGGCACAUACCGUCGCAAGGCCGGCUACCGUCCCAUCUUCUUCCACGAGUACGUGACCCAGCAUGCGGCCAGGCAGCGCUACUGGGCCCGCAGCUUCAUCGGAUGGCCGACGAUGGGCCGCUCGAAGCCCAACAUCACCCACGACACCAUCGGCCAGCUGGGCGAGAAGGGCUACAUCAGCGCCGUCAUAACGCAGAAUGUCGACUCGCUGCACCGCCGGGCGCAUCCCGGGCUGCCCGUCGUCGAGCUGCACGGCGACCUGCGCUCCGUCGUCUGCGUCACUUGCGCCCACAGGAUACCCCGCGAGCACUUCCAGGAGACGCUGGCCGCGCUCAACCCGCCCUGGGCUGACUUCUUCUACCAGCUCGCUCGCUCGGGGGCGCUGGAGACGGACGACGUCGAGCAGCAGCGGCAGCGUGGCCUGAAGCUGAACCCGGACGGCGACGUCGACCUGCCCAACGCGCACUACUCGGACUUUCGAUACCCAGCCUGUCCCCGGUGUCUGGAGAGACGGCCGGACCCUGGGUCGACCGCCGCCGUUAUUGUCGAGGCAGACGGCGAUGGGGCGCUGGCGCCAGUGUCCAACGCUGGCAUCCUCAAGCCGGCCGUCGUCAUGUUCGGCCAGUCCGUCGACGACGAGGUCAAGCGGGCUGCCGAAGAGGCCGUCGACGAGGCCGGCAAGCUGCUCGUCCUGGGCAGCAGCCUGGCGACCUUCUCUGCCUGGCGCCUGGUCGAGCGCGCCGUCAACAGAGGCAUGGCCGUCGGCGUCUUGAACGUGGGCGGCUUCCGCAACGAAGCCCUGCUGUUUGGCAGCGUCCAGCCUCGCGCCGGCGACCUGUCCCGGGUGCGAUGCAGCCAUCCGGCAGAGGACAUCCUCCCUCACGUCGCUGCCAGGCUCGCAGCGCUGUAA